UAAAAACAUUCCGCGAUGACGAGAAACAAGGUUUCUCGCUCAAGAAACUUCAAAAUUCAAAAAAAGAAGAAUAAAAUCAAUGAGAAGAAUGAAAUUAAUUGUCCCGCGUAUUUCACUAUGGGGGUAUUUAUUUCUUCAUCCCACAUGGUUUGCUUCACAAGCUCUUUCUGCAACUUGAAAGAAGAACAGAACGUCAUAUCCAAAAGCAAAAGACCAAAACCACAAGAAGUAUACCUGAGAGCAGGAGUUAGGAAGAAGAUGCCUACUAACGGCUCACAACACCGCAGUACAGGGAGAGAUUUCAGAAGAAUGGUGAAUUCUCCUUACUUUAGAAGUACUGGAAAUUUGCCAUCGUUGCCAGAAAAUCCUCAUAGCAACACUAGUCUAGCUUUUCAACAAGAUACUAAUUCACAAAGUUUACCAUCUUCUGCAAGUACCAUUACUUCGAAAUCUACAACAAUAUCAAACUCUUCACUUUCAUCUGUAUUAGGUUCUCAAGUUGAUAUGUUGUCUACACUCUCACAUGCACCAGUUACACAAGAUGUUGCUUCUUUUGUUACCAUUAUGUCCAGUGUUCCAAGUUCUGGAAAUGAUGAAGGUGUUUCAAAUGCGAUGCAAAGUGUUUUGACAACGUUGCCAAAAAAUAAUAUUACCUUUCCAGAAAAUAUCACAUUCUCUGAUGAUGAUGAUGAUGAUGAUGAUGAUGAUGAUCACUUGUUCUCUACAAACGCAGCUGCCUGCUUAAGCAACAUUGAAACCUUAAGACUUCAUAGUUUUAAAAUUCCAGAGAAAACAAAAAAACGCAGAAAAAAAAGGGGUCCUUUACCAUCUACGACAAAGGCAAAGUUUUAUCAUCUCCCAGACGCAUCAAGAAUUCCAAAAUUCCGAAAACUGACAAAUGGCUCUGCUGAUCCUCUUUUAUUGGAACAUAUUAAUAGUGGCUACGGUUUUCCGCGUGACUGUUAUAAUUUUGAAAAAAAAGAACCAUGCUCAAUUUCAUUGUCACUUGGCCUCACAGAACAACGAUUUGAUGAUAGGAUAAGACAAUACUUCCCUUUACUACCAAAUAUUUAUUUUUUCCACACAUUGGAUAGAAAUAAACGACCGAAACGUGUGAAUAUAAAAUGUCCUAUAAAUAUAAAAAGCCUCAAGUAUAACGGAGUAAUAGUGAUUGCAUCACAAUCUCUCGAAGGUAUGUUGAAACCAAACUAUAGGAUUUGAAAAUACGUUAUAGUAACUUUUAGAACUAACCUUUAGAAUGUUUUUUUUCUGCGCAGGUUUCAUUCAGCAAAUAAAUUAGAUUUAAUUUUUAGGAUUUCUGACAUCUACGUGGUAUUACAAUUACGUUUCAUUCCAUCAAACAUUUCAUAAUGAGACACCUAUAUAUUACUUAUUUACGUAUAUAUAAACCAUUGUUGCAAUAUUGAAAGAUCAGACGUGUAUAUACAUGUGUUAUUUGUUUGUUCAGCUCUACCUCAAAGUACAAGCACGCCAUCUCAGGCAAGUCGUUCAAACGUUUUAUCAGGUGAGACUUCUUUCUUUUAUAUGGCUUUAUCGACACAAACCAUUGUUGCAAUGU